CGGUGGUGUUAAACAUGUCAGCUGGAGAAUGACAACAUCGACCGACACGGCCUCUCUUUAACAACCGGACUGCAGAACACGGACACAACCCUGCCUGACUCGCCGAGGAGAGGCUGCUUGAAUGCGGUGGUGACGCUUCAAAAGCAGGGAGCCGAGUGCUUGUUUGGAGUCUGCAUGAGCCCGUGGGAGCAUCGUCAUCAUCAUCAUCAUGGCAGAUGACAAAGAUGUGUUGAGAGACGUCUGGUUCGGAAGGAUCCCAACCUGCUUCACUCUCAACCAGGAUGAAGUCACCGAGCGGGAGGCGGAGCCUUAUUACCUGCUGCUGCCCAGGGUGAGCUAUCUGACGCUGGUCACCGACAAGGUGAAGAAGCACUUCCUCAAAGUGAUGAAGGCCGAGGAAGUCGAGGAGAUGUGGUUUGAAUACGAAGGGACGCCGCUCAAAUGGCACUAUCCAAUAGGAGUUCUGUUUGACCUCCAUGCUGCCAACUCUGUCUUGCCGUGGGGCAUCACUGUGCACUUUAAGAACUUUCCAGGUGAUGACCUGCUGCACUGCUCGUCCAGCUCCAUGGUGGAGGCCCACUUCAUGUCCAGCAUCAAGGAGGCCGACGCACUCAAACACAAGAGCCAAGUCGUCAACGACAUGCAGAAGAAGGACCACAAGCAGCUGUGGAUGGGCCUACAGAACGAUAAAUUUGAGCAGUUCUGGGCGAUGAACCGGAAGCUGAUGGAGUAUCCCACCGAGGAGGGAGGAUUCCGAUACAUCCCAUUCAGGAUAUAUCAGACGACAGGCGACCGGCCUUUCAUCCAGAAACUGUUCCGUCCCAUGUCCCCUGAAGGCAACGCUCACACGCUCGGUGACCUGCUGAAAGAGAUGUACGCCGCUGCGAUACCGAGUCAUGGUGAGCAGAAGCGCUACCAGGUUCUGAUCCACGGCAUCGAGCCGCUGCUGGAGACGCCGCUGCAGUGGCUCAGCGAGCAUCUGAGCCACCCGGACAACUUCCUGCACAUCUGCGUGGUCCCCGCCCCCACCGACUAAGGGCCCGCCCUCUUCCACUGUCCCCACGCAGAACGGCGUGGAAGGAGAUGAAGUAAGGCACGCUCCCCUUCAUCGAUGACGUUUUUCCACCGUCUCUUCCUCUGACUAAAAGUCCAAGAGGAAGCACGAUUGGACGAGUCGCCUUGGUUACCACAUCCACAGUCUCAUUUGCAUAACAUAUCUGAGUUUACAUGUCCCACCUUUACAAACUGGCCCAUCCCGGACUGUGCCUGUGCAUGGACCUGGACCUGGACGUGGACUCAGCCUGCACCAGGACCAGGUGCGCACACAAACACCAAGCAGGCCGCUCGAACUUUUUCUGAUUCCCUUUUCACCUCCCGAGCAGCCGUGACGGAGCCGGCGGCUUUUGUCACGGCGCGGUCGACUUCUGUCGCAAGCAAAAGAAUAAACGCCGUGUUUACGUCGCUCUUCUCGUAUUCAUGUGGCCGCGCCGCCGCCGCCGUCAAAGCCUCGCACGCCACGGCUCCGUUAAGCUGCGAGCGACGUGUUUGAAAGCUAUUUCAAUCACCUCCUUUGUUGACAUUCCAGGGGCGCCACGAGGUUCUAAGGACGAGGCGGGGAAUGAACGCACGUUUUGCAAAACUACAAACACUGGGGAAUAAUUGUAUUAUUAUUGCUUUACUAUUUUUACAACAAACACAAGGGAAUUAAAGGGAAACUCACAGAUUUAUGAUCAUAUUGAAGUCAAUAAUGUCAGUUUAUUUAAACUCAUAUUGUGGCCACUUUAAAUUUGUUGCAACUUAAAAAAAAAUACAAAAAAAACCAUAAAUACAUAUUUAUAUAAUAAAUAUAUAUAUAUUUUUUUUACAUUCAAAACACUUCUUGUGGUCUGCAUAACAUGUAACAUUUGCAUAGAUUUUGUUUUACAGUGUGAAAUUACUGGCAAAUAUCUACACACAAAAAUGUUUUUACUCAUGCCCAAAAAUUCGCAUGUAAAAAAACUAUUUUCGUCUUCAAUUAAAAAAGAUUCACAAGUAAGAAAAAAAAAAAUAAUAAUUUCAAUCAAUUAAAAAAAAAACGAUUCACUAUUAUAAAAACAUGUUUUAUUCAAUUAGAAAUUAAAGGGAAACUGACAGAUUUAUGAUCAUAUUGAAGUCAAUAAUGUCAGUUUAUAUUUAUUCAAACUCAUAUUUUGGCCACUUUAAAAUUGUUGGAACUUAAAAUAAAAUACAAAAAACAAAAUUAUUUAUAAAAAAAAAAAAAUAUAUAUAUAUAUCUUUUUUUUUUUUUUUUUUUCUGCAUUUAAAACACUUCUUUGAGGUCUGCAUAACAUGUAACAUUUGCAUAGAUUUUGUUUUACAGAGUGAAAUUACUGCCAAAUAUCUACACACACAAAUGUUUUUACCCACGGCCAAAAAUUCGCAAGUAAAAAAACUAUUUUCUUCAAUUAAAAAAAAGAUUCACAAGUAAAAAAAAAAUAAAAAUUAGAGUCAAUUCAAAAACAAACAAUUCAUUCAUAUAAUAAAAAAAUUUCUUCAAUUAAAAAUUAAAUUAAAGGAAAACUGGCAGAUUUAUGAUCAUAUUGAAGUCAUUAAUGUCAGUUUGUAUUUAUAUAAACUCAAAUUUUGGCCACUUUAAAUUUGUUGCAACGUAAAAAAAAUGAAAAAACACUAAACUAUUUAUAAAAAUACUAUGAUUUUUUUUUCUUACAUUUAAAACACUUUCUUGUGGUCUGCAUAACAUGUAACAUUUGCAUAGAUUUUGUUUUAAAGAGUGAAAUUACUGCCAAAUAGUUGAAUUCAAUUAAAAAAACGAUUCAUGUUUAUAAAAAACAAUUAAAAAAUAAUUUUGCUAGUAUAAAAACAUUUAUUUUCAUUUAAAAAAUGAUCCGUAAGUAGUAAAAACAAUUUUCUUUAAUAAAAAAUGAUUCCAAAGUUAAAAAAAAAAUGUUAUAAAGAAUGAUCUGCAAGCAUAAAAAGUAUUUUAUUUAAUUAAAGUAAAACAAUUCACAAGUACAAAAUAAUUUUCUUUGAUUAAUAAAAUGAUUCAUAAAUAUAACAACAUUUCUUCAAUAAAAAACAAUUAAUUAGUAAAAUAAACAAUUGUUUUUUCAAUCAAAAAACAAUUUCCAUCCAUCCAUCCAUUUUCUACCGCUUAUUCCCUUUCGGGGUCGCGGGGGGUGCUGGCGCCUAUCUCAGCUACAAUCGGGCGGAAGGCGCGGUACACCCUGGACAAGUCGCUACCUCAUCACAGGGCCAACACAGAUAGAAAAACAAUUUGCAAGUUUAAAAAGAAUUUCCUGCGAAUAAAGCAAGUGACUUGAAGAUAGGUAUAAAGUCAAAAUUCUGCCAACAUUUUUUUUACUCGCACCCAAUGAUUCGUGGGUAAAAAAACAUUUUUCUGCAAGUAAGAAGAUGGUUCCCAAGUAUAAAAACAAUUUUGAGCAAGUAAAAAAUGAUUUGCAAGUAUAAAAAUGUUUUAUUGAAAGUAAUACAAUGAUUAGCAAGUAUAAAAAUAAUUGUAUUCAAAUUUUAAAAAGAUACACUAGCAUAAAAACAAUUUUAUUUAAUUAACAAAACGAUUCGUGAGUAUUGAAACACAUUUUUUCAAUUAAAAAAAAAAUUUAGAAGUAUAAAACCAAUUUUCUUCAAUUAAAAAACUACUUUCAAGUAAAAAAAAUGUUUUCUUCAAUUAAAAAAACUAUUUGCAAGUAAAAUAAAACAAUUUGCAAUAAGAAAAAUAUCUGUUAGUAUAAAAAAAAUCCUCCAAGGAAAAAAAAAGGUUUCUUCAAUUAAAACCAACUAUUUUCAAGUAAAAUAAAACAAUUUUCAAUAAGAAAAAUAUUUGUAAGUAUAAAACAAAUUUAUCCAAGUAAAAAAAAGGAUUUGCAAGUCCUAAAACAAUUUUCUUCAAGUUAAAACUUUUGGCAGUAAUAUUUCACACCUGUAAUUUGCACUCUACAACAAGUAGAGUCAAUUUAAGGCUAUCAAAUUUACUGUUUUUUGCACAUGGUGCCCUCCGCCAAAAACAAUUAGAAAAAGCAGGGUGGGGAGUAAAAAUGCCCACGAAAGAAAAGGGAAACAAGCUCAACCUGUAAGGUACCACAUUUUUUUCAGUAUUCCCUUGUUUUAACCUCAUGCAAUGUUAUUUAUGAUUUUCUUUGUUAUUUUGGCGGACGGCACCAUGCGCAAAUCACACUAGCUCUGCACGCCUUAAAUUGACUCCUGCCGUUGUAAAGUGCGAAUUAUGGAUAUUCUGAGUGCAAGUGUCUGGAUCGGGGAGUGCGAAAUUUUACUGCCAAAUGUUAUAAUUUAAAGAAAAUUGUUUUUAUACCAGCAAAUCCUUUUUUUUUUUUUUUUACUGGCAGAAAAUUGCUUUUACUCACCAAUCAUUGUGGGUUUGUGGAGUUUGACAGCAAUUUCACCCCAAUUCCUGUCUUCAGCCACUUUUUGGCGACCUUAAAGGGGAACAUUAUCACAAUUUAUGAAGGGUUGAAACCAAUAAAAAUCAGUUCCCAGUGGCUUAUUUUUUUUCGGAAGUUUUUCUCAAAAUUUUACCCAUCACGCAAUAUCCUGAAAAACAUCUUCAAAGUGCCUGAUUUACACCAUCGCUAUAUCUACCUGUCUAUUGUCCUGUGCCACCAGAAACAAACAUGGCGGAUAGCACAGAAAGGUAUAGCAUAGUAGCUCUGAUUCAGACUCGGAUUUCAGCGCCGUAAGCGAUUCAACAGAUUACGCAUGUAUUGAAACGGAUGGUUGGAGUAUAGAGGCAGGUACCGAAAAUUAAAUAAAAAAAGAAACAGAAGCUUUUGAGCCAUAUCACGACAGACAGCGGCACAGGAGGAAGUGCAGACGAAUUUGGCGAUCGCGUUCUAACCAACGAUUGGUAUGUGUUUGUUGGCAUUAAAUAUGGGUGGAGGGAAAGGCUGGAUGCAAAUAUAGCUACAAAUGAGGCAUAAUAAAUAGCAUGUUAGCACCGAUUAGCUGGCAGUCAUGUCGUGAGCAAAUAUAUCUGAUUAGCACAUAAGUCAAUAACAUCAACAAAACUCACCUUUGUGAUUUCGUUGACUUUAUUGUUGGAAAUGCAUCUGCUUUGAGUGUCGCAGGAUAUCCACACAUUCUUGCCAUCUCUGUUGUAGCAUAGCUCUCGUCGGUACAGUGCGCGGAACAAACGAGGGACUUUCGCAUCUUUUGGCCACUGGUGCAACUUGAAUCCGUCCCUGAUUAUGUUGUUACACCCUCUGACAACACACCGGCGAGGCAUGAUGUCUCCAAGGUACGUAAAACAGUCGAAAAAACGGAAAAUAACAGAGUUGAUUUGACUUGGUGUGCGUAAUGUGUUUGAGAAAAUGGCGGAUUGCUUCAUGUUGUGACAUCACGGGUGAAAGGUCAUCCCUCCGACAGCGAACAAUUGAAAGGCGUUUCAAUCGCCAAAUUCACCCUUUUAGAGUUUGGAAAUCGGUUAUAAAACAUAUGGUCUUUUUUCUGCAACAUCAACGCUCACAUAGGUCUGGUGAUAAUGUUCCCCUUUAAAAAAACAAGUCGUCCUCACCACGCCCCUGAGUGAAAUUUCGUCCCCAGCCAUGUUUUGUUAUUUUUUUUUUUUUUUUAGCUUUCUUGCUUUUAUUUGGCACUACAUGGGAACCAAUGGACAUGGGUGACUGCCACCAGCCAUCUUGAGUGUUUUGGAGCACAAGAAGGAAGGAAGCCAGGUCUGUAACUAUACUGUCUGUAUCUGCUAGAUCCUGGACGUAUACUUGGAUAUAUCGACAAUAAAAUGCUUUUAUAUUCUA